AUGCCCUUCCUCAGGCAGGCCCCCGGCGUUAAGCUUCGACCCAAUAACGCCGUAUUCUACCGCUCCAGCAUCCGCUUCGCAAGUCAUUCGAACAAACACAAGAAGAGCAAUGCCGAAGCAAAGCUUCGUUCAGAUCACAAUGAAACGGGACAAGAAAAACGACAGAGAUCCUUCUGGAAAUCCAUCGCUCCCGACUUCUUGACUCAAGAAACAAACGCUUCCUCCAGCAGGGGUGGACACUUCGCACAAGCCUCGACUUUCAAGCUCUACGCCUCUCAUGGUUCGGCGUCCAAGCCCAUCGUCGAGGCUUCAUCUACCUCUUGGGAUUCCAAGACCAACAAGGUCAGCCAUACUGUCUACGAUCCCAUCUCUGGCAGAAUGGUUCCCGCAAACGGACAAAGCGGACAUAAUUCUGCCUCGAUCAAGAGCAAGAAGAACAAACCGAGCAAAGACAAGACCUACGAGAAGCCCACUUUCGUCUCUCAACUGCCCGAGAACAUCGAAGCACUCUCAAACACCCCUACCACUCAUGCCUCUUUUACCGAAGAUUUCGACAAGACCUAUCAGUCCGAGCGCGAUGAGCUUCUCGCAACUCGUAGACACCUGGACACUCUGCGCGAGCAAAUCCAAAUUUUGGAACGUCAAACUCAUCCUGAGAUGACCAAGCCUCACUACGCCGUUGACGCCGAGAGACCCGCAGUUUUCGAAGGUGGCUGGGACGAUAAUCCAAAAGGCCUACAAACAGCCUUCAAGCUUGAGAAGGAGGCUUGUGAACAUGGCGAUAUGAAGCCUUUGGAACAAGAGAUGGACGCUCUUAACAAGAUAACCACUCAGGAAGUCAGCAAUGACUACAGUAUUGCCCCGAGUGGCCUGGAAACUCUCUUUGCAAACGAACAAACGAGUGAUGACAUCCGCCAGAAGUCUUCUUUGGAGCAAGAACUGGUUGCUAUGAACACCCAAGCUCCGCCUAUUGACGACGGCUAUUCACCCUCGCCUCAAGGUCUCGAGACAUUGUUCGAACAAGAGCAACACAGUGCUGAUCUGAAUGAAUGCAAGACUCUCGAAGACGAAGUCCGAAUGGCUGGCUCUGCAGCCGAUCAAACACAGUAUAUUGCCGGCUUGACCAAGGGGCCUACAGGACUUGAGACGAUGUUCGAUCAGGAACAGCAAGGCACACCUCAGAGGUUGGAGCUUGAGCUCGAGAGCAUGACUUCUACUCCAGGCUUGACUGAUCAACAUGACGCCUACUCAACCAAACCUACCGGUAUGCAAACCCUCUUCGAGAGAGAAGCAAAAAACACCCAGAAUAAACAGCACAAAGAUCUCGAACACGAACUUCACGACCAUAUCCGGGCUCUCAAAAACUACCCUUCUGCCAAUCUGAAUGGAAUGCAGACGCUUUGGGAACGAGAGCAGAAGGAUGUCGAGAUGGGCAACGCCAGAUCGCUCGAGGAUGAAAUUGCUGCCAAGCAAAAGCCACAACCUAUGUCGAACGAGUGCGAUACCUCAGUCUUUGGCCUGGAGACCAACUUCCGCAAUGAAGCUCAGAGGGUGAAAGAAGGCGAUUUCAAAACUCUGGAACAGGAGGUAAGCCACCGAGUGCAGGCACAAAUACAUGACGACGGUCAUGCACGUCCUUCGGAAAGCCUGGAGACCGCUUUCCAGAACGAAUCAAAGAAUGCUCGCCUCGGAAAACGUCAAAGCCUCGAGAAAGAGAUCAAGUCCCCUGAACUCGGUUUCGAAGAUGAUUCCCCCACGACACCGAUGGGGCUUCAGAUGUUGUUCCAUCGUGAUAAGCAGAGCAGCGAACGUUCGCUUGAAGAAGACCUCAAACAGAUGGAGGAAGCUUCAUACCACGAGGAUGGCUACUCGCGUGCACCAAUCGGUAUGGUGAAUUCGUUUGAGAAAGGAAUCAAAGACGAAACAACUUCUCUGGAAGCGGAUUUGAAGGACAUGCCGGGUGAGGGAGAUCUGUCUCCAACCGUGGGUAAGUUUGCUACCAGAGACCAAUGGUACAAGCAACCUGCCAGAAGCACGUUUUCUGAAGAUUACCUAAAGGCAGAAGUGAGAAAGCCUGAUCGACGCACCGCAGUCUCCGGACGUUCGCUUGACGAAGGAUUAUCCAAACCCAUCGAAUCCAACGUACCGUCAGCAAAUACCGCGACUGCAACAAAGCAUUCAUCAACACAGACCACGUCAAUCAAAACACAUGUGAAUCCAUCCUUAGAACCAGAAUCGGGUUCAGAUAUCAAAUGGCGCGAGCCCGCUCUUUACAAAGUUAUUGCCUACGACUCGAGCAAGGAUGCCAUUACUCUCACUCGCACACCGUCCAAAUUCUCGAACAGCGAGACACCUCUAUCGAUACCUCAAGCUAUCUCUCAGCUCUCUCUUGCCGCUCGUUUCCUACCACACAUUGCAGCUUCUCAGAACGAAGGAUUCCAUGUGAUACACGCAGAGAGAGACUAUUUGGUAUCGCGAAUGGUCCAUAAGGACCCUGAUCCACGGGCACCACGCUACGAGGCAAUCACCAACCCUAUCGAUGGUACUACCAGGUACACCCCGGUGGAACCUCCCAUUUCGCGAUUUGCUUCACCCACUGGCUUCGUCAAUUACGAGCCUAUCUUUCCAACUGAGCCUAUGCACAAUCGACAGGACAUGGCCAGCUCAUUCUUUGGUAAUGGCCAUCCAGAAUUCCAGCAGCAUACAAUCUAUCCACACACGCGUAUUCCCGCAAAACCACCAAGAAGCAUCUUUCGACACGCAGAUGCUAAGUUUCGCAACGAGAAGCGCCGUCGCUGGCGCCGUCGGAUUGUGUGGAUAGUGAGUGUGGCUGCAGGUACAGCGGUGUGUACCACAUAUGUUAUUGGUGUUUCUGGUGAGCUUGCAAAGUCUGAUAAGAGGAUUGCACAGCCCGCGAGAUGA